GUUUUUGUACUAUUAUGAAUGGUAACAAUAGCAUAUUGCACUCAGAUCCCAAAGUGUUUAAGUCAGAUAUAUGAUUAAGCUAGGCAAGUAUGUUUGAUGAAUAAUUAGGAAAAAAAAGUAAAAGUAAAUUAGGCAAAACGAUAUUAAAUAUGAUAACAUUGCAAUAAUUUACAGAUGUAGACUUUAGUCCUUUGUUUACAGCGCUAGAUGAUAUUUUUGCAUCAACUCAAUAAGUAAAAUAAGACGAGGCAGAGCAAUUAGAAGCCUAUUUCUAUUAAUUUUUGAGCGACUAUGAGUUCUACUCUACUUAAGUUACUGAGUAUACGAUAAAAAUCAACAAUUAAACGAUGCUUAAAGAACUUAAACUCAACUACAACGAACUGCAUAGAAUAAUGAUUAAGCCACAGCCAAAAAUUAGCAGAAUAUGAC